CGCCCGCUACCGGCACCGCUAGACAAUCCAAUGGCGACCAACAAUAACGAACUACCUUACCGCCCGUAUCGGCAGAGGAAAGUCCUCGCGGCUCAUGCACGCGCCGUAUCAUGUGUGAAGUUCUCCAACGAUGGUAAGUUCUUCGCCUCCGCCUCUCUGGACACAACUCUAAUCGUCUGGUCAUCCGAAACCCUAACGAAGCUCUCACAACUCGUCGGCCACUCCGACGGAAUAUCCGACCUGGCCUGGUCCCCUGACUCCACCUACAUCUGCUCUGCCUCCGAUGACUGCACCAUUCGCAUCUGGGUUGCCAGCUCCGGGGAGUGCCGCAAAACUCUCCGAGGCCACACCAAUUUCGUUUUUUGCGUCAAUUUCAAUCCCCAGUCCAACCUCAUCGCAUCGGGAUCAUUCGACGAGACUAUUCGGGUUUGGGAUGUGAAAACGGGCAAGUCCGUGCACGUGAUUCGGGCGCAUUCCAUGCCCGUGACCGCGGUGCAUUUCAACAAGGACGGGACCAUGAUUGUUUCCAGCAGCCAUGACGGCUCAUGUAAGACUUGGGAUACAGCCAGUGGCGCCUGCUUGAAGACCCUUAUAGAUGAUAAUAAAGUCCCUGUUUCGUUUGCCAAGUUCUCUCCAAACGGCAAGUUCAUACUCGUGGCUACUCUGGAUGACACUCUAGUAAGUUAUGCUUUCAUAAAAUCUCUCUAAAUCAUGAAAUCUAUAACUUUUGAAGAACUUAUGUGCUUCUUUAUUUUGGCUGCUGCUUGGUAACAAUCACUUGCGUCUAUUAAGAUUCACAUGUGAAUAUGUGAUUUUAGGAUCGAUGAUGCUUGUAUAUAAAUACUCACGCAUGUUAAAGAUAUGCACAAUCCAGCCCCUUGGUUUAGAGAAGAUAUAGAGAACAUAGAAAUGGAUUCAAACUAGACUGAGAGGAGAAAAAUAAUAGAUAAAUCAGUUAGAUUUUAGUAUUAUUUUGUGUAAAAGAAAUGAAGAAUAAUUUUGUUGAAAUUGGGAGGAGAUUCAGGUGGUGUUUUGCUCAAUUUUGUUUAUUUAUUCUUAUUCUUAUUUUAAUCAUGCAAUACCAAAACCAUUCAAGUUGGAUAGGUUCAAACUAGAAAAAAAGUUCAGAUCAGACUAAAAAGAUUUAGACCGACACGAUAAAUUAAGGCUGGAUAAAAAAUCCAACCAGACCAAACCAAAUCUUAUGUUUCAGGCAAAAAAUAAGACAGCAUCAAAAACAUUGAAAUGUAAUCAAAGUGUACCAGACCAUAAAGAUCCAAACUAAACCCAGCAGAUUUUAAUAAAUUUAGAUCAGAUAACAGUUGUAGACAGCUUUUAUUUCUCGUAUUAUAUGUUAACCAAAUAAAGACUUAGUUCUUCCACAUUAUAUGAAUUUCCUUCUUGUGGUUCUUUGAAGAAACUCUGGAAUUACGCAACUGGAAAGAUAAUGAAGACAUAUACUAAGCAUAUGAACAGAAGUUAUUGCAUUACACCCACAUUUUCAGUGACGUAUGCAAAGUACAUUGUUUGUGGUUCUGAAGAUCAUUGUGUGUACAUAUGGGAUCUGCAAAAAGACAAGAAUUUGCUGCAAAAGCUUGAGGGACACAAUGAUACUGUCAUCUCUGUGAGUUGUCAUCCCCUAGCGAACAUGAUUGUGUCUGCUGGACUUGAUGACGACAGAACUGUGAGGAUUUGGGUUCAAGAUUAACAACAGUCUUCUUUUUCAGCCCUUCUUCUUGGUUAGUUACAUCCUAACUGGUUAAUGUAUAGACUUUUGUUUUUCUGAACUUCCAGAUUAAUGUAUAAUAUAUACUGGAUUCAGAUUUGAAUCAAGUAUUUAUUGUUUCACCAUAUUCUUUGUCCUAAACAUUUACCCAGGCUUCAUUGCUUUAAAGAUAGAUGCAUUUUACUGGAAAAUAUUUUCUGAUUUUGCUUUGUUUGGCACAAAAGUGUUUGGAGUAGUACGGGAA